AUAACAAAAACACCAGGACUUACAAAUAUAUAUAACAUACAGAAAAUUGCACUACUGGGUACUGCACACAUUCUACGCAAAACACUUUCAAUACAGUAAACAUAAGAGCACCACAGCAAACCACAGCACAUACCCAAGGCGCACAGAGCUGCGCUCGGUAGUGAAGUGAAAGCAUGUUAUAAAAAUAAAACUUUAUUUCAAUCCCGAAGUAUUCCUCCCAUCAUAUCGUUUGAAUAUAACUAUGUUUCACAGGAUUAACAUAAAUGCUUCUAAUAAUAAUAAUAACGUCGGAAAAUACCUUAGGAAUGGGAAACCAGAUUCGAAAAUUCUCCGAGAUACCUGAUGAAAGCUAGAGGGUAUAUCAACCGAAACGUUGUGUUAACAACAAACAAGAUGAGGACAAAUGUCCGUCAAAUUUAAAUAAUGUAAAUAAUAUAAUUUGUCUAAAUAUGCAGGUUUGAAAUCUGAAACUCUGGAGUUUUCAGUUCAAUAUGAAUUUAACGCAUAUAUAUGGUGUGUGCCCCAUACUAGCACAGGUCCAUUAAAAUUAGCUUUAUCAUGACGACAAAAGUACUAAAUUCUCAGACAAACUAUACAAGCAUCAAUUAAUGUACAUUACAUACGAGGAAACAAUACGAUGAAAUUAUACCCUGAUUGAACCACCUGUUGCAUUAUAUUUGAGAUAAAAUAACGAGGAAGUAAAUCGACGAAACACAAAUUGAAAAGGAAGUGAAACAUACAUAAUCAGAACUACCAUUCCAUUGGAAACGCCAUGAUAAGGACACUCAUUUUCAUUGCACUUCUCAUAUCCCAUGCUGCAACCUUAUAUGUCACUUGGAAUGAUUGCAUUGCUCUAGCGAAAGAAAAAUGUGGUCCUGAAUAUAAAAAGUAUUUAUCCGUCACAAAAGACUGCGGGGGUUACGUAGAAUUUACAAGAUGUUUCAAACCUAGUAUCGACAGUUUCUGUCGCAAGGGCUUCGACAUGGAUCACAGAUGCACCGGCGGCAAAAAAGGAUACAGAAUCAUUGACACGGACACUAAAAGUUCCAGCCACAAAGAUAAUAUGGCAUCCCCAAUAUCAACAAUCCUUACUGCACUUGUGGUGAUAUUAUUUAAGAAGAACUAAAUAAAGAAAAUACUGUAAUAAAGAUUCCCAGUUUUAAACUGGUAUUUUUUGUGAUAUUCCAGAUAUCUGAAAUAUGCCUUCAAUAAAUUAUACUUUCGAAUUUUCUUUAAAA